UUUGCCCAGUCACUAGUCAGUGAGAGGCAGGCGGACUCCGAACACUGCACAACUUUCCCUCCACGCCUAAACACCAAAAUCCGAGCGUUAUGGAUCACGUCUACGAACACGUCGAGCACAAUGGCGGAGCCGACAGCCCCAACCGACAGCCCAGGUAUGAGAACAUAGGUGAGGGAACGAACCAUCUGUACAGCGAGGUGCAGGUCCACGCCCCGCAGAGGGGCGAGCGCAGCUCCCCGGACUACAUGGAGAUCAAGGACGGUGACAAGCACAGCAAGUCCUCAUCGUCGUCGUCCUCCUCCUCCUCCUCCUCGUCCUCCAGCGACGACGAGGGAGACCGGGGAGACCUGACGGAUGAACAACAAGUUGUGGCGACGAUGGACCUGCCGCCUGAGCCAGAAGGGGUGAACAAAGAGGAGCAUGACAGCUCCCGGCGCUCAUCAGCCUCCUCUCACGCCUCCUCUUCCUCAUCCUCCUCGUCCUCCUCCCACCACGGGGACCCCUGUGACGACCCUCCGAUUGAAAGCAACAUCCAGGAUGAGGAUAAUGCCAUGGACGGGUUGCUGAUGUCUUACACCCAUCCCAACACCAUCCCGAAGACGAAGGAGUCUGUGGACUACAGCAUUAAAACUCUGGAGAACGUCACUCUGGAUGGCAGCAGCGCGGCCCCGGCUGACCCCAACGAGCCCAAGGUCUCCCUCUUCGUCAAGGCAGGAAGUGAUGGAGAAAGCAUCGGCAACUGUCCUUUUUCCCAACGUCUCUUCAUGAUCCUCUGGCUCAAAGGAGUGGUCUUCAACGUCACAACUGUUGACCUCAAGAGAAAGCCAGAAGAUCUGCAGAAGCUGGCUCCGGGGACGCACCCCCCUUUCCUAACCUUCGACGGUGACGUCAGGACCGACAUCAACAAGAUCGAGGAGUUUCUUGAGGAAGUUCUCUGCCCUCCAAAGUAUCCCAAACUGGCUGCCAGGCAAAGAGAGUCCAAUACAGCUGGAAACGACAUCUUCGCCAAGUUUUCAGCCUUCAUCAAGAACACCAAAGCCGAGGCCAAUGCCGCUCUAGAGAAAGGUCUAACCAAAGCCCUGAAGAAACUUGAUGAUUACCUCACAAGCCCCCUGCCUGAAGAGAUCGACGCAAACAGCAAGGAGGAAGAAAAGGCCUCCAAACGGCUGUUCCUGGAUGGAAAUGAACUCACCCUGGCAGACUGCAACCUGCUGCCCAAGCUGCAUAUAGUGAAGAUCGUCGCGAAGAAGUACCGCAACUACGACAUCCCGUCAGAAAUGACAGGCGUGUGGCGGUAUCUGGAAAACGCCGGCUCGCGCGAAGAGUUCACCAGCACCUGCGCCGCAGACGCCGAGAUCGAGAACGCCUACAAGGACGUGGCGAGGAGACUGGCCAAAGCCAAAUAGCUCACCAACCCCCAUCCUGAGCGCCAAUGCAAUAAACUAGCAACACACACAACAUCCAUAAGCAAACAGAAAAAAAAUUUACACUACUCGGUAUAUUCUUCGUGCGACACUCUGCAGAAACAAAAGAUCUUUGUCUUUUUCAGCGCCAGAUGUGAUGGAUUGCAAUAAUUCAGUGCUCCCUGUACUUAAACGGUAUUUCAAUCACAUCGGCAGACAUGGCAUAACAGAAGCGGAGCAGAAGAUAAAUCGAACCCUAUUUAGCUUGACCUGAAGCCAGCUUUUAGUCGGCUCUGCUGUGAAACUUCUGACAAAACUCUUUUCACUCAAACGUGAUUGUGUCUGUCCUUAUACGUUCCUCGUAAGACAAAGCCCUCUUUCAUACGUCCUCCACAGCACGGCCAAAACAUUUUACUAGCUGCCGAUGUCAAGGUUGUUGGCUUUAUUUAUUCCCGAGCCCACAGAGGUCUAGCCUGACUCCUGUGUUUAUUAUCGAGCUCCGGCUCCAGGGGAGAGACACCUUGUUUCAUCUGUGAUGGAUGAUUAACGCCCAAAGCUUUCCGAACACGACAGCUCCAAUUCUCAGUUUUCAAUCGUCCGUCAUUCCUUUUUUUUUUUUUCCCCCCCCCUUGGUAUUGCUACAUUAAUUCUUGGGGUUUGUUUUUAUUUUAGCUUAUGAGUGUCUUGAGAUUCCCAUCCUACUCUUGAAAGAUUUAAUGACAUUUAAUGAACAAACUUGCCCACGUCGGGGCUUUUAGAGAACAAAGUUAAAAAUUUUGUGACUUUUGUUGAAUAAUAAAAAAAAAAAGAAGAAAAAAAUCUGAAACACAAGCCAUUGUGAUUGAUGGACUCAUUGGGAUUAAAUGCAUUGCAACAAGGAGUUAAAGCUUGUAGUUCCCCCCUUCCCCUCACUUGUUAAAAAUCCACUUCAGGUAUUGAUUUUGUCUCGAGUUACCUCAUGAUAUUAUAAAUGGAGGUACUAUUUAUUCAGCGGCCCAAUCAGGUCUGAUUAGGUAGAGCCAUUAGUGGCGCGAUGAAAACCAUCUUCCAGACCAGUUCCGUACUGGUCAGAAGCCCUGCCCUGCAGCUCCACACUCUGAUGAGUCCAUCAACAUCCACUGCUUAAAAAGUUCAGGUUUAGGAGUCUCAGUGUCCACAUAGAGGAGAGAGGAAACUUGUCUUGGGGGCUUGCUGUUUUUGGCUUGCUGUAACGUUUGCGACUAUAGCGAGACUUCCUCGAAGAGCCAUAAGGCUUUUGUAUGGUUUGGACAAACACAUGAUGUGAAACCGGAGCUUGAUGACUGAGAGAGUAGCUCACAGCGAAGCUCUGCAAAUAAAUCAAUAUUUUCACAGA